GCGUGGUUGAACUGAUUGAGAAUCGCGAGAAGUGUUUGCGAAAUUAAGCCCUCUACAAAAAUUUACAGAUCACCCUUUAGUGCCUAGAGACAUUUUCGGGGGGGUAGACGACACUUACAAAACAUUUCUCCAAUUAAAAAAUGGAAUAAUCCUCAAUAAUCCGAUAAUUACCCCAUAAGCACUCGCCAAACUGCAGAUUUUAAACCGAAACUUGUCAACUCAUUCAUUGAUUUCACAGUAAAAGUUUAGUUUCCCUAUUUUUUUCAAUUAUUUAUUAUUUAAAAUUGUGAAGAAAUGAACAACAAGUCGUCGAAGAGUGCGUAGAAAAAAUAAAAAACAGAAGCAACCACAUGCCGUCCCUCUUGCAACAGUUGGCCAUGUCGUUUGAAGGGGAGAAUGGAAAUCCAUUGGAGAUAUCGAACGAUGAGACGAUGAAGCACCCUCAGCAUAGGGAGACCAUGCAAAUGCAGAUGGAGCAGAGGGAUUCCAUAAUGAAGAGAGAGCAACAUCAGCAGCAGCCGAUUGCACGAGAGCCUCUACAUCAAUUUGGAAAGUCACUGAGUAACUUGUUGCUUGAUCUGCCACCACCCCCAACACCUACACCUGGACCGCACUACCCGUGGCAUUCACAGGAGGCCGGAUGCAGGCCCGAGACGAUCAAAGAGAAUGCCUUUGAAGGGGACAUGUCGAUCUCCGAUUUAUUUGGCCUCGGGAUGCCCAGAGGGUCCUUGAUGGGCAGUCAAUCAUCAACAGGUUCAUCCCCAGGAUAUCGACAUCAUGCACAACAGUAUGGACCCAGUCAUGGACAGAGUCAGCAGUUCAACUAUCAGCAGUACGAUGAUGAUAGUAGUGGCUACGAGACGUACACAUCCAACAUCGACAUGCCGAGUACACCGAACUCGAUGACCACACCAGAAAGUCCCAGUACUACUGGCAGUAUUAAUUCGUAUCCUUACAGCUACUCCCCAAGUACAACCAACUCAUCUCCAUCGUCGACUCGUUCACACUACAAUCACAUGGGCUCACCGUCUUCAUCAAUUCACUCGAAUUGCUAUGGUCGUCCUAUACGAGGCUCUCCACCUUACAGUGAUUGCAGUAGCCCAACGAUGGAUCAUCCCCACAUGAUUGGCUGCAAUUGCUCCCGAUCCAAUUCACCAGCAGAUUCUGACAUGAGUGGAGGUAGUGGUAUGGAUUUUUCCCUGUCUGACAUGAUGAGCGUUUUAUCACUGAAUCGUUCAUACUGCUCGGAUUCAAUCAAUUCAAUGAUCGAUUCAGACAUGGAGAGGUAUCACAAUAAUCGGGCAGCUGCUAUUCAACGUAUGACGAUGAAAAAAUUUCCACCUGCCCCUCAUCAGCUACCAUCACCACAUGGAAUUCGUCAUCACCAUUGCUGUCCAAACAGCAAUCACACUGUGAAUGUCAACUCACCCAAUGCUGAAUCAGUAUUCUCGUUGGAUCGUGCUGCCAAAUUUCACAGGAAUGCUGCUGCCCUCUGCGAGGCUACGCACACCUGGAGUGGUACUUUACCGAUGCGUACGCAGAAGCCAACAGGAUACUCGUCCAAAGUUUUCCUCGGAGGAUUGCAGUGGGACAUUACAGAGGCACUACUCAUUCAUACUUUCAAACAGUUUGGACCGAUAAAAGUUGAAUGGCCAGGAAAGGAGCAAUCGACAGCCCAGCCCAAGGGAUACGCUUACAUAAUUUUCGAGUCAGAGAAACAAGUAAAGGCAUUGCUGUCGUGUUGCACACAUGUGUUCUCGAAUGGUGGAAGUUAUUACUACAAAAUUUCAUCCAAGAGGAUGAAAGGGAAACAGGUCCAAGUAAUUCCUUGGGCACUGAGUAACAGCAACUACUCAAAGUCAACGUCUCAAAAAUUGGACCCAGGAAAGACAGUUUUUGUGGGAGCCCUCCAUGGUAUGCUCACAGCUGAAGGCCUGGCAACGGUCAUGGAUGAUCUUUUUGAUGACGUUAUUUACUGUGGUAUUGACACUGACAAACACAAGUAUCCCAUUGGAUCAGCUCGUUUGACAUUCAGCAGUAAACGAUCCUACAGAAAGGCAGUUGCUGCUGCAUUCAUUGAAAUUAAAACAGCCAAAUUUACGAAGAAGGUGCAGAUUGAUCCGUACCUCGAGGAUUCAGUGUGCUCUGGGUGUCGUGUGCAGCAGGGGCCAUACUUCUGUCGUGAGCCGAUGUGCUUCAGAUACUUCUGUCGCAACUGCUGGCUCUGGCAGCACUCUAUGGAGUCCAUGCGUCAACACAAACCCCUCACUCGUAACUCCAAGAUCAAUCAAGUCGUUGGAUUGACACCAAACUUCGGUUUGAACGGUGCUGGUAACCGUACCCAAGUUGGUACAAUCUAAGAGAAAUAAUGAAGCUCAACAGUCACCACGUGGGAGUCCCUAGGAUUAUGGAAAAUGUUUCGGAACAUUUCUUCUGGUGAUAUUCUUCUCCCAAACUGACUCAGCUGAUCUCAUCCCGGGGCUGUUCCACCCGAAGGAUUGACAUUCUUCAUUCUUCCUUAUUUCAAGAACACGAUAAUUGGUGCUGUUGCUCGUAGAACGUGGGUACUUUUGUUAAUGAUUUUUUUUGUUUUUUUUUUUGCCUGUAUUGGCAAGUUUUGAAUCACAUUGUUAUUAUCAGUAAUAAUUGGUAGAGUCGUUCAACGGUAAAAGUAACGCAUGAAAAAUGCCUAAACAUUAUGUGAACGUAAAAAGUGAAGGAAUAAUUUGAAUGGAAAGGGCGCUGAAGAACCAUUGCCUAGAUUUCUAGAAGUAAUUUUUUUAUUUAUUCGUUUAUUUGGGGUUUUGACUCUAGUUACCGUGCAAACAAUUUUUUUUUUACUAAUGGAGGAAAAUAUAUAUUGCAAAAUAUAUACAUUAAUCGUGCUAAAUUGUUAACGCACUGAAGAACGGUGAAUGAGAUUAUUCGAUAGAGCUAGACUAGAUCUUGGCUUUUAUAGUGAAGUAAUGGUUUUUUUUUACACUAUGAGCAUAGGGAAUCAUUCACUGUUCGAUUGAUAUGUAUCGAGCUGUAAAAAUAAUCGAUGAGAUCAGCUUCUCCUACGUUAUUAUGCGUUGAUGUUCAUCCAAGCAAUUACCUGAUCUUCAAUAAUUUGUCUUAGAAUGA